AUGGUGACCAAGGCAAGUCUACGCGUACAAAACAAGCUCGAAGGACUCAUAGAUAAGCACAUGAAUUCUAUCGGGGCUUCAAAAGUCUCACUCUCCUCCAUCACUACGGAAGCAUUAUGGCGGCAGUCAGGUCGCUACUCUGCCAAUUCAGAACUUCUGCGUAUCAAAGACAGAAGAGAGACUGGCUUCCUGUUAUCACCGACUCAUGAAGAGGAAAUUACAGCUCUUGUGGCCAGCAUGGUACAUUCGUACAAGGACCUGCCGUUACGAUUGUAUCAGAUAGGGCGCAAGUACCGCGACGAACGACGGCCAAGAGGUGGACUACUACGGGCGAAGGAGUUUAUGAUGAAAGAUCUCUACACAUUCGACUCCUCGCCAAAAGCUGCACUCGAGACGUACGAAUCGGUACGAGAUGCAUACAACAAUCUCUUCAAUGAGCUCAAACUACCUUAUCUUGUGGCAGACGCCGACUCCGGCAACAUGGGAGGGAAGUUGAGCCAUGAAUACCACUUUGCGUCACCCAAGGGUGAAGACUACAUCUUCUCUUGUCAAUCAUGCGAGUAUGUUGUGAAUGAGGAGCUCGUCGAGAAAAACACCGGCCCUGCAGCACCGAAAACCAGCGACUCGCUCAUUUUCACCGGCAUAAGCGUUGACAAGAAGACAGCAAUCAACAUUCACAUUCCAAAACCAUAUGGACUAGGGGUGGACAAGGUAUCAUGGGACGGUGUCUCUGCCUUUGUCAACUUGCACGCCGUCAAAAAAGCAUUGCCCAAAGAUAUUGAAAUUGACACGGGCAUUGAAACCUUAACCUUGAGGUCCCUCCUCUCGACAACUACCGAAACUAUAGAUGUGUACGACCCCGCCAUUGCCAACGCCCCAUCUACCUGUAGUAUAGAUAUCACGCUCACCAAGCCCGGCGAUCCUUGCCCUCGCUGCGCCACCGGCAAACUGAACAUCCAAAAAGCCAUCGAGGUGGGCCACACUUUCCAUCUUGGUACCCGAUACAGUGUACCCUUAAACGCAGUCAUAGCACUACGGGAUCAGAACCUCUCUUCCCCAGUACACAUGGGAUGUCAUGGAAUCGGCGUCUCGCGCAUCAUCGGUGCAGUAGCGUCCCUACUCUCAGAUGCUAGAGGCCUUAAUUGGCCAAGAGUCAUCGCCCCCUAUGAAGCCAUUGUUCUCAGUGAUCCGAAAACAGAAGAAGAAGAUACUACAGAGGUGUACGAUGCGCUUCGUGGAGAGGAGAGGAAUCCUGAUAUCGACCUAGUGCUUGAUGACCGAGCAGGAAAAAGUCUAGGUUGGAAGCUGAAAGAUGCUGACUUAAUUGGAUAUCCGGUUGUCGUUGUGCUGGGUAGGAGUUGGAAGGACAAGAAAGUAGAGAUUCAAUGUCGAAGAUUGGGGGUCAAGAAGGAUGUCGAUUUGAAGGAAUUGAGGACCGAGGCUCUAGCAUUGUUGGAGCAGUUGUAG